CCCGUCCUACCCCAAGUUUCCAUCACUCAGCCUCGUCUUCUUCCUCCAACACACGCAUCUUCGUCGUCGCGUUCACCAUUCGAAUUUAUAUACCACCGGCGCGAUGGCGCAACAGGACGCGCCGAAGCUCCUCUGGAACCCAGACAAUGUCAAAGACGUCGCCGAGUCCGUCGGAAUUCCCAACCUGAACGACGAUGCCUUGCGCUGCCUGACGCAAGAUGUCGAGUAUCGAAUCGGACAAGUCCUCGUCGAGGCGCUGCGCUUCAUGCGUGCCUCCCGUCGCACCACUCUGACCGUCAACGACAUUAGCACCGCGCUCAAGGCUCUCAAUAUUGAGCCUCUCUACGGAUACGACUCGACGCGUCCACUGCGAUAUGGCGAGGCUAGCUUGGGACCUGGGCAACCGCUCUUCUACCUCGAAGACGAGGAGGUCGACUUUGAGAAGCUCAUCAACGCUCCUCUGCCCAAAGUGCCGCGUGAUAUGAGCUUUACGGCACACUGGCUCGCCAUCGAGGGCGUCCAACCCUCCAUCCCGCAGAACCCCACCACAGCCGAAUCACGAAGUCAAGAACUCGUACCAAAGGGUCAGGGUGCUAACCCUGCCCUCGCUGCCCUCGCCGGCAACGACAAUCUCUCCUUCCGUCCCGCCGUGAAGCACGUCGUCUCCAAGGAACUCAUCCUCUACUUCGAAAAGGUUCAAAACGCCGUCCUUGAUGACAAUCCCGACGAAGAGGUGGUGCGCCUUCGCCAGGCGGCCCUCGAAUCCGUUCGCGACGACCCGGGUCUGCACCAGCUGAUCCCUUACUUUAUAAACUUCGUCGCGAACCAGGUCACCCACCGUCUCGACGACGUCUUCACACUCCGCCAGGCCAUGGAGCUUACGGCCGCCCUCAUCGCAAACACCAAGCUCUACCUUGAUCCCUACGCCAACUCCAUCGCCUCCCCUGUGCUCACGUGCAUCCUUAGCCGUAAAAUCGGUGCCGAGGAUGGUGCGGACGCCAUGCGUGAGCAAUACCAGCUCAGGGAAUUCUCCGCGUCCCUCCUUGGCCAAAUUGCGCGCAAGUACGCCGCCUCGAACAAUCUGCUACGGCCUAAGUUGGUGCGGACAUGCUUGAAGUUCUUCAUGGACCCCGAUAAGCCGCCCUCGACGCACUUUGGUGCCAUCACGGGCGUUGCCUCCGCUGGUGGUCCUGAGGCGGUGCGGGUUCUGGUUCUCAAGUGCCUGAGGGCCUACAACGAUAACAUUCUGCAGCCCCUCAAGGACAAGGGCGAGAGCAUCGAGUUUGAGAUGCUCGUCGGUGGAAUUCUCAAGGCCAUUGCUACAAUGAUUGAGGACGAUAGAACAACCGUCAAUGGCAUAAACGGAAGCGCCAACAGCUAUGCUGCUGAGCUCAACGAGUUCAUCGGGCCCAUCCUCGGAGAACGGCUAAAUAGUCUAGGCAACCGGAGACUAAUCAAACACGUCUUGGAUGCUAGGAAUAUUGAAUAGCAGUCCGGCUAGUGGUGAUGGUCUUUGGAAGGCGUAACGGCGUUUGGAUCAGGCAUGGCAAAACAUGGUUUUAGGGAGGCAUACCACAUAAAUUGAGACCAUUGGCGUCCGGCAGUUAACCUAUUUUCUACCCACUGUCCCUCGAGUAAUGCCUGUGCUUCGUUAUUCGUGAGAGAGGCUGACGAGGAUGUUCACUUGAUUUACUCUGCUUGUACUACUCUGUCCCAGCUCGAAAUUCGUCCUCAACGUGGAUAUAAGCUC